AUGGACCUCGCCGGGCGCGCCCGGGGCCACGGGGCCACGGUAGGGGGGCUGCUGCUCGCGGCGGCUGCUGCCGCCAAGGGUCUCAGGGAGGACCUGAGGGGCGCGGACGCCCUGCCUUGGAGGGCCCUGUCCCGGAUCCCGAAGCGGGAGGGGCUUGGAGAGGAGGACACGGCAGUUGCCGGACACGAGCUCCUACUGCCAAAUGAGAGAAGCUUUCAGAAUGCUGCUAAAAGCAAUAAUUUGGAUCUUAUGGAGAAGCUGUCUGAAAACAAGGUUAACAUUAAUGCUGUGAACAAUAUGAACCGCACAGCCCUGCAUUUUGCAGUGGGGAGAAGUCAUUUAUCUGCAGUGGAUUUCUUGCUUAAACACAAGGCCAGGGUGGAUGUUGCUGAUAAGCACGGCUUGACAGUAAUUCACCUUGCAGCCUGGUCUGGGAGCCUUGAGGUCAUGCUCAUGCUGGUUAAAGCUGGAGCAGAUCAGAGAGCCAAGAAUCAGGAUGGAAUGAAUGCCCUCCACUUUGCUGCUCAGAGCAAUCAUGUGCGCAUCGUGGAGUAUCUUAUUCAAGAUCUGCACCUCAAGGACCUGAACCAGCCUGAUGAGAAAGGAAGAAAACCAUUUCUUUUGGCAGCUGAGAGGGGCCAUGUUGAAAUGAUAGAAAAACUUACCUUCCUAAACCUGCAUACUUCAGAAAAGGACAAGGAGGGAAACACUGCCUUGCACCUCGCUGCGAAGCACGGUCACAGUCCUGCAGUGCAGGUGCUGUUAACCCAGUGGCAAGACAUAAAUGAGAUGAAUGAGAAUGGAGAAACACCAUUCUUUCUGAGUGUUGAAGGAGGUCAUGAAGAGUGCAGCAAAGUGCUGCUGACAGCAGGAAGUGACAUCAACAUUCCAAAUAAACUCAAUAUCAGUAGUUUGCAGAUAGCAACCAGGAAUGGCCAUGCGUCGCUUGUCAACUUUCUUCUCAGUGAGAACGUUGAUCUGCACCAGAAAGUGGAACCUAAGGAGUCUCCUCUUCAUUUAGCUGUUAUCAACAACCACAUCACGGUUGUAAACAGCUUAUUAAGUGCACAGCAUGAUAUUGACAUAUUAAAUCAGAAACAACAAACUCCUCUGCAUGUAGCUGCUGAUUGUGGAAAUGUGGAACUGGUGGAAACCCUGCUGAAGGCAGGCUGUGACUUGAAGGCUGUUGACAAGCAAGGAAAGACUGCCCUGGCUCUGGCCUCCAGGAGCAACCAUAGCCUUGUAGUGGACAUGCUCAUUAAAGCAGAGAGAUACUACGCCUGGAGAGAGGAGCAUCAUGAAAGCAUCAGGGACCCAUCAACAGGCUUUCCUCUGACAUUCAAGCAAGACCACAGUCUGGAGACCAGACACAUUCGCACGCUCCUCUGGGGCCUGGCUUACCAUCAGCUGAAGGCCAAUGAGUGGCAGAGGCUGGCCCGUUCGUGGAACUUUACAGAUGACCAGAUUAGAGCCAUUGAGGCACAGUGGUCAGGAAAUGAAAGCUUCCGUGAACAUGGCCACAGGGCUCUGCUUAUCUGGCUACAUGGGACCCUGAUGACUCAGGCUGAUCCGGCCAAGCACCUGUAUGAAGAGCUGGUACACGCAGGUUUCCCAAAACUAGCUGAAAAGACUCGUCAUUUCAAAAGCAAAACUGACUCAAACUCCAAGAAAUGUGUAGUUUCAUAAAUGCCCAAAGAAAUUGUAUUUCCUUGAUUUUCCACUCAGCAUUCAGUUCUUUUAAUGCCAUAAAUUUCUCCUAGCAGUAGCACUGAUUUUCAGCUAUGAUGAUGGUGGUGACAGGGUACUGUUUAACAAGUGAAAGAAGAGUAAUACUAUGAUACUUUUCAACCUCUAAAAAGCCAAAUACAGUUUUUUUGCUGAGGGCAAGUUAUAUAUCAUUUUUCCAUUUCUGUCAUUUGAUGUAACACAUGUAAUAAGAUAAUCUAGGAGGGUUUUGUAUGUCAUGUUUUUUUCUAAAAACUCAUGGGAGCAGCAUCAUGGUACAGUAAAAAACCAACGGUUUUUACAAUAGACGAAUAUAGUUUUGAACUUGGUUUUGCCACUUAUUAGAUGUGAACCUUUGGGCAUGUUAAUGUUGUUUAAGUUCUUAGAUCUUCAGUUUCCUUCUCUAUAAACUGGGACAAAUGUCUAUUUAAUCCACAGGGUUGGAGUAGAGAUGAAGGGAAAAUGCCUGUGAAAUGUCUAGCCUCAUGCCCACAGUAUGGAAAUCAACUAUUAUUUCUCUUUCAGUAAGAGAAACUGGGUUUGGAAAUUUAUAGUCAUUGUUGACUUUAAAUCACACAUAAUGUGUAAUAUAUUACUUAGGAAAGACCAGAAGAAUGUACACCAAUUUUUUUUUUUUUAAUCUCGUGGUGAUGUAAUUACUGAUGAUAAUUUUCUUUGUACUUUUGGGUACAUUCAAUUUUUUUCACAAUGAACAUGCAUUAUUUUUGUAAUCUGAGAGUUAUGAAAUAAAUGUAAAAUUGAGUAUCAA